UAUAUACCUUAUUUAGAUUUUCAAUUAUAUGUAAUAAAUUUGUAAUUACAAGUAAUCAGCAGCAUAAAUGUUGUGCUGUGGUCAUAGCUUAUAAUUUUACUCUUACAAUUUAAAAUCGUGACAUUAUCAAAUGAUUUUAUAUCAAGAUGUACUUUCCAAUUGGAUGGCCCAAAGUUUUGAAGAGGCUGGAUGCAGAUAAUCAAAUUAUUAAGCAAAUCGUGUCGAAUAGAGACAAGAUAUUGUUUGCAUCGUUGAGUGAUGAGGGGCUCAGUGUAUGGUAUUGUAAGCCUUCUGUGCCAAUUGUGUAUCAUAAAAGAAGUACAGAAUCCCUACAAAGGUUAGGCGUAAAUGUGGGAGUGGAAUGGAAACCAGAUUCAUCUAUGAUAUGUGUUUCGACAUCGGAAGGGCAUUUGAUACUUUACAAUGUGGAGGGACUGAGUGAGCAGACAGCUUAUCAGCAGUAUGAUCCACCUACAGCCAGCCUACGCAGGGACUCUGCUGAAUUGUUUGUCAAAGAAGUUAUACCAUCUCUUAAAAUUUCACUGUUCAAAGAGGUCCUAGUAUGGGAUGGUCAAAUAACUCGAAUGUGCUGCAUUUCGGGAACGGAGAUCUUAGUGUGUACGACGCGCGCACACCUGUUACGCUACCGAUGGGAUGGUUCCCAAAACAGGGACUAUUGUCUCGACCUUGGACGAAUACCGUUUUCCGUUAACCAACAAGUGUCUAAAGCGGAGCCCAUAUUAGAAGACAACACUCACGUUAAUGAUAUAGAAUACUCACCGUUGGUGUGCGGCUUCGGGAUCACGCUUAAUGAUGGCCGCGCGGCUUACCUGACUGCGCCUAAUCUCAAAUUCGAUCCAAAUGCCGUCCAAGGUAUCUGGGCCCCGGGCAUCGAUGACGCAACUUGCACCAGAGUUAACCACAAAUUUAGACUGAUAGCUAUCGGGAGAAAGAAUUCUCAAGUGGAUGUUUUUACAAUAGACGAAGCAACGGGUGGCUUAGAAUUAUCUCAUACAAUGGUGCUCAGCUCCAAGGACUUCCCGGGGGAUCCUGGACCUGUGAAAUGUAUUAGGUGGACGGCCGACGGGCGUGCAGUAGCUGCGAGCUGGGAGCGCGGCGGCAUGUCGGUGUGGAGCACGUUCGGCGCGCUGCUGGUGUGCUCGCUGGCCUGGGACCACGGCCUGCGCACCCACCCCGCCGGACACCACCCGCUCCUCGUCUCCAGCCUGGAAUGGGCGACAGAAGGCUAUCAAUUGUGGAUGGUGAAAGUAGAAGGAGACACGGGGUCUAAUAUAAUUCAACUGGACUUUGUCAAAAGUCCACUUAGUGUUAAUCCUUGUAUGAGCAACCAAAGACAUCUAUAUCUACAAGCAGAUGACAAAUUAUACGUGAAUCUUGAAGAUAAUCUCACAAAGCGAACCAAAACAGCAAUAAUAGAUGCAACUGGUGAUGCGUAUCAAAGCGAAAAUGGUGUCCAAGAACAACCAAAUACGGAGUAUGACAGCAGUACAAAGUAUAGAGAGUUCAUAGAUGAUAAUGAAUGUAGGAAACAAUGGAUAGUAAUACCUCUGCCAGCUACAUAUAUAGCCACCAAUUGGCCGUUGAGAGUGAGUCAACUGGACGAGGCGGGCGCGCACGUGUGCGUGAUCCCGCGCCGCGGCCGUGCGCACUACAGCCGCGCCGCGCGCCGCUGGAAGCUGUUCGGGAACGAGGCGCACGAGCGGGACUUCGUCGUCUCCGGCGGCAUGCUGUGGUGGCGCGACUACAUCGUGCUGGGCUGCUACAGUAUUUUGGACGGCCACGACGAGAUUCGGUUUUACCCGCGCGAUGCGAAACUCGACAACAAGUUCGCUAAAAUUGUCCGAGUGCAGUCGCAAGUGUUCGUGCUUGACAUCUUGGAUGACCAGCUGGUUGUGUUCGGUGCAGACGCGCUCGUUACUAUAUACGAGCUCAACUGUAUUGAUAAUGAGGGCAACGUGGAGAUGCGGUGCGUGCAGGCGGUGGACGUGUCGGCGCUGUCGCACCCCGCGUGCGUGGUGUCCGCGUCGCUGUGCCGGCUGCGGGCCGCGCCGCGCGCUCGACCCCCCGCGGCCGCCCUCGACACGCAGCACGCGCACACGCACCCCGACUCGCUGGUAAUCAACGCAAGCGGUAAACUGAUGAUGGUGCAGAGAGAAGAAUACGAUGUAGACGAAGACAACAAUCCCGCUUACAGCUGUCUGCCAGCGACAGUACUCGCCUCAUGCGUGGAGAGCGUAUGGUCGGCGGGUAGCGGAGGCCCGUCACAGACACAGCUGUCUCGGGCGCUAUGGCUGUGGUGUGGAGCUCUAGGCGCCCGCGUCUGGUUGCCGCUGUUGCCCCGGGAUGCCACGCGACACCCCGACACAUCCCGCCACACAUUCAUGGCGAAGAGGAUUAUGUUGCCGUUCCAUCUCAAUAUUUAUCCGCUCACUAUUUUAUUCGACGAUGCGAUCCUGCUCGGCGCUGAAAACGACACGACCUUAUAUGCGUCUGAUUCGAACUCGGUGUUUUCGCUACCGUUUUGUGUAGUUAACAGGACUAGCCAAGUGUACCUUCACCAAAUUCUACGCCAGCUGCUUCGAAGGAAUUUAGGGUACCACGCGUGGGAGAUCGCGCGAUCGUGCUCAGAACUGCCAUACUUCCCUCAUUCACUGGAGUUGCUAUUACACGAAGUGUUGGAGGAAGAGGCGACCAGUAAAGAACCUAUACCAGAUGCACAACUGCCCAGCAUUAUCGAGUUCGUUCACGAGUUCCCUGUCUAUCUACAGACAGUAGUACAAUGCGCUAGAAAAACAGAGAUAGCGCUAUGGGCGUAUUUGUUCUCAGCGGCCGGCAAGCCUAAAGAAUUAUUCCAAGAGUGCCUAGACAGGAAAAUGUUGGACACUGCUGCCUCUUAUCUCAUUAUAUUACAGAACCUUGAGAGUUCAGCAGUAAGCCGGCAACUAGCAACUCAGCUGCUGGAUACAGCACUGCAGCAUGAGCGCUGGGACCUCGCUAGGGACUUAGUGCGAUUCCUCAGGGCGAUAGAUCCAAACGACGUAGAUUCACCUCGGAACUCAGUGAACGUUCAAGCGAAAUACGGGCAGAUUGCGCAAUCCCAGACUGUUAGCCCCAACGCUGAAGAUUUGUCCGUCAUACUCGGCAGUAUGCAGCUGUCGGGCGGUCGCGGUCGCAGCUUCAGUACGACUGUGAGUCCGCGCGAGCCGUCGCCGCCGGCCGCGGGGGGCGUGCCCGGGCCCGCGCCCGCGCCCCCCGCGCCCCCCGCACGAGCCACCGCCGCCGUCAAGCGCAAGAAGUCCGUGCCCGCACGCGCCGACAGGGAGUCGUACAGCGGCACCGCGGAGGAGUUCUUCAUCGACAUGAUGAUCCAGCGCCACGCGCGCGUGCUGCUGUCGACGGCGCGGCUGCACGCGCUGGGCCGCAUGGCGGCGGCGCUCGACCUGCACCUGGUGGCGCUGCUGGCCGGCGAGCGGGAGCGCGCCGCAAAGUUUGACUCGGCCGUGCACUGUCUGCGGCGCGUGCACGAAGACUUCGCCUGGCCCUACCCCACCGUGCAGCCCGAGGACACGCAGCAACUGCAGCGGAAGGGCAGCGCUGUGCCCAGUUCGUACACACCGUCGGCGGAGUCAGAUAGCCUGUGCGGCGAUAGCGGAUACAUGAGCCUCCCGUUACGGACCGGGCUGCCCUUUACGGCCGGUGCUCCGCUCUCGCCUGGACCUGUCAGUUCUGCGGGCGAGUGCAGCGUGGCGGAGGGCGGGUCGGCGGCGUGGGGCGGCGGCGCGCUGGAUGCGGGCGAGGAGCGGCGCUACGCCGCGCUCAUGGAGCGCCUGCACCACCACCAGGCCGAGCGCACGCCGCACACCGCGCACGUGCAGCUCAGGUACUUCCUGCAGCUGAUGACGGAGGCGAGCUGCGUGGAAUGGGCGCUGGUGCUGGCGGUGGCGCUGCGCGACGCGCUGGCCGUGCUGCGUACCACCAACGCGGCGCGCGCUCAUGACGUCAGCCUCGACGCCGUGCGCCGUCUACGACGCGCACUGAGAGACCUCACCGCCUGGGCCGAACACGAGUGCAUCGGCUAUAAGCCAUUUAUGAUGGCGAUCAGCAAUCAAAUACCAUUUCUCACAUCUAUCAUCAAUACGCGAGAGCGUCGCAUCUCCAUGGUCAAGACCCGAGUGAGGACGCCGAGCACUGGCUCUUUGACGCAAGAAACGAAGCCUAGAACCCAAACGCCUUCAGAGACCAAAUUGCCACCUCCGCAGAAAGUGCAGGAGGUUUCGAAGCAGUCGGUGAGGAAGGAAUCUCCGAGCUCACUCCCCGAGCCCAUCAUAAGUCCGAUGGCGCCGCAGCCGCCGCCCGCGCGCGAUGACGUCACCACCGGUUGUGCCAUAAUGUAACUUAUUAUAUUCAUAAGUACCAUCUUCAUAUUUUAUUAAAGUUUACUUUUAAACACUUGGUUGAAUUUAACAUGUUAACAUAUUAAUAGUAUCACGAUUUGACAGCCGGCAGCGACAGUUGAGUAUACUAUAACACUUUUAUAUUUUAUUAUAAUUAUAAUGACAUCUAUUUGCAUCCAUAUAUAAUUAAAGUAUGUUAUUCGAAGAUUGAAAAAACAUGAAAUAAUAAUGUUUAUCCUAUAAUUAAAAAAAAAUUGAAGUCUUCAGCCAAAAAUAUUUGUAAUAUACAUAUGUAGGUAUAUGUAAUUAUGUCAUUAGAUGCAUUUAAUUUUAACAUACUAAUUUUACAUGUAAUACUUGCAAAGUGUAAGUAACACAAGAAUAUCGGCAUUAUUUUUUAAACUUAUGAAGUAUUUGGUGCUGAAUUAUAUGAACAUAAUUUAUUAAAUCUGAUAUUGUUAAUUAAUAUAAACUUUUUCUUUCUCUAGUCUUCACUUACUAUUAUUUAACUAAGUAAUAUAUUCUGAAUUAAUUAAAUUAUUUAUAAUCAUUGUAGGUAAUAUUAUGAUAGAA